AUGACUGAGAACCUGGCGCAGCACAACGCAGUUUUACUCAAAACGAACAACGUACUCGAAAAUUUGGAAUUUCAAGAGAGGUAUCCGUUAUUUUUUAUUCAGUUUCAAAAUGAUGUUUUUUUUUAGCCUCCCAGGCGAAAUACUGGAGACUGGCGAAGAUGUUAUGGACAAAGAUGAACAAAACCUCGGAAAGGUUUGAAGACCCUUAGUUAAUAUAUUAUGUUUCAAAAAAAAAGUGCAAGUUUUGGAUCAAGGAGCUUCCGUCGCAAGUUUUCUAUGCCGACGAGGUCGCGAACGACGUUUCGAUGCCUUCCACUUCCGAUAUAUCUCACCACGGCGUCACUGCAGAACAACUCCUUGAGGAACCCAAUUCCAUACUGGUACAUUUACAUAAAAGUUUCGAUUCAUUCCCUUCUUCGAAAGUUCAUUGCGCUCUCUUUUGAAACAUUAAAAAUGGAAAAAAAUUCAGUUGAAUUAGUAAUCUGUGGUUCAAUUUUGGAAAGAUUCUGUGAUAAAAGUGUCGUCGUAGAAGGAAAUUUUUCAGGGAUGGAGAAGGGAAACUCCAUUAGGAAUUUUUGGGAUUCUGAAAAAAAAGAAAAAAUUUUUUUCAGAUAACCCAAGAAGAUCUGUACGAGGCAGGUUUCGAUCCGGAAAACAUUGAGCAUUUGACGGACGAACAAUUGACUGUCCUCAUUGCGAUUCACGAACAGCGCGUUGCUAAGCAGUUAGGUUCGUGUUGAAAAAAAUACUGCAAUUCAGAUAUAUUAUAAUUUUUUUUGUCUUUUGAGGUUGUUUGAACUUUAAGGUCCUCUGAAUUUUAAAAUGAAAUGAAUCUCCUCAAAAUAGAAAGAGCCUUUUUAGUGUUUUCAAAUUUAAGAAUAGUAUGUUCUAGUUUUAUUUAAAACUCUAGAAAGCGAAUUUUGAUCCCAUAAGAGUUUAAUCUAAACCUUUCACAGAAAUAAAUAACGAUCACGGUGCCGCGAACGGAGUUUCGGCACCUGAAAUCCGCGAAGAAGCCAUCAUUCACGAGGGUUUUGUCCAACAAGGUAGCAGUCCUAGGUCUUUUAUAACUCACACAAUAGUUCAGAGCUUCUCCCAGCCGAUAGUUCACUGACAAUAAUGAUAACUGGCGAGGGCGGCUUGAAGCUUUCCGACACGUCUGGCCAAGUUUUCUAUGUCAGUUUUCCGGUAUUCGCCGCCCAAACAAUAUUGUUAUUCAGUUCUCUCCGUCGCAAUUGGCAGAAAUGGAAAUCGAUGUGAACAAUCUGACAGACGACAGCAUUCAGCACGUCGUCCAAAUGGCGAUGCCUCCCACGACUUCGUGAGCUUUCGAUUGAAAAAAAAAACCGGUCUUAUUAGUAAAAUAACAUAACAAUCCAAUUUUUUUGAGAAAAAUUUGGAUAAAUUAGGUCGGUCAGGCGACGCCCUUUUUCUUCCUGCUACGAUCAAAUCUUUCGUCAAAUUUUCUCAAUGAAUUUUCAGAUUUCACACUGUCCAAUUGCUUCAUAUUUCUUAAUUUUCCCAUUUGAAUAAUUCUCAUCGAAGUAAAAUGAUGAAUUGGUUGAGGAAUGAUAGCAAAUAAAAAAAAAAUUACAGGAAAACGAGAGGAGAGAAGCCAAACAUCAUGGAAGAUUACCAAGAAGCAACCAGCUCCCACCCAACUUCCUCAUACGCCGUUCAGAGUGAGACUUUGAUCUCUGCUAAGAUUGGGAAGGUUUUCAGAAGGGAGAGUGAUGCAGGUAGGCGAGGAAGUGAGCGUCAGAGACACCAGAGGAGACGUCCAGCCAGCCAUUGUCCGCUACAUCCGAAACGAAGGCUCUUACAAGGUCUUUUUUAUUUUUACCGUGUUAGCACGAUUCCGAGAAGGUAGUUCAAAGUCUUCAUCUUUAUAUUUGUUCCGAAAAUGAUACCGCAGUUAAAGGAAGGAAAACCUCUGGUAGCUUAUGAAGGAUUUCAAUCGGUGUCCCACUUCAUUAAAAUUCUAUUUCUAUUUUUGCGCUGCUGUUUAAAUAUAGCAUUUAUAGCAUCUGUGUCUUAGGUUCAACUGGAAGAUGGCACGUUUCAGUGGGUGAACGAAGGGCAACUCGUCUCGAGAAAACGCAACACAGAUCAUGAGGAGUGAGUAGCUCGUCCAGCUCUCAUCUUAUUUGCCGAAUUUUUUCAGUUAUUCUCAACAACCUAAGUCGCGGGUUCUUUUUACCCAAAAACGACGGCAUCCGGAAGUUGACUGCGACGAGAGCAGUGGAGCUCCUUUUCUCAAGCGAUAUCAGCCUAAUGAGCCUAAUUUCUGUUGUCCUGUGUGCGACAAGAAAGUGAGCGAUUAUAUUCUCAUGUUCCUCCCGAAAGUUCAAUUCAUAUUUCCAUACUGCUUUCAUAAAAUUCUUUUCAACUUUCAUCUAGUGUAUGAAAAGUUUAGGUAUAUCAAAAAGAGCCUGCCUACAUCGUUAUACGGUUACCGGCCUGCGACUCCUGUACAAAAGAGAAAAUUAUCGUACUCGACAGUGAAUAUCAACAACAACAGCAGUCGCGCUGA